GAUGCGACGUGAGCUGGCGCUGGAGUGUGAUUACAUAAGGGAAGCCAAGUGUGCUCGGAAAUUCAAGGAACUCCUGAAAGAUCACCCCUUCUUCUACGUGCCAGAGGUAAUCGACGAACUCAGCAGCCAGCACGUCCUCACCACCGAACUGGUGCCUGGAUUUCCCUUGGAUCAGGCUGAUGGACUUUCACAAGAGUUGAAAAAUGAGGUAUUCACCAGUGCUGGUAAAACUGGUUUUGCAAUGAAUGAAGUGAAACCAGACCAUUAUAUCUACCAGG